CUUAUUUUUUAAUAAUAUUUACGGCAUUGUCAUGCAGAUCACAAUCAAAGUGCUCAAAGGCCAGGACUGCACGAUCGAGGUCUCGCCGACAUCGACGAUUCUGGAGGUGAAACACCAGAUCGAGGCGGAACUGCAGAUAUCGGCGGCGAAUCAAAAGCUGUUGCUACUAGGACGUCCGCUGAACAACGAACAGACAAUUGCAUCCUAUCCCAAUAUUAAAGAGGGCACCAAGCUCAAUCUGGUGGUGAUAAAACCAUGUCUGAAGGACAGCAUCCUGAGGGGAUUCCGUAGGCACUAUCCGGAACUCCAGGCGGAGCAUCUGACCAAUGAGUUUAUGGCCGAUUUUGAGAGGAAAAUCAACGAGCAGAGCCUGGACGAUUUGGAGAGAUUGGCGGACAGUAUAGUCAGCAGAGCGGGCACAUAGCGCCACUGAACACCCACCACCCCCCAAAUAUGACGGAAGCUUAUCCUCACAGAAUGUUUUCAUUUCCCCCCUUAAC